AUGGGCUUCGAGAAGCAGAUCCUGAGAGCCGGCACCGGCCCCAAGCCGGUAAAGGGCCAGAAGGUCACCGUCCACUGCACCGGCUACGGGAAGGAUCGUGAUCUAUCCAAGAAAUUUUGGAGCACCAAGGACCCUGGGCAGCAGCCAUUCAGUUUCAACAUUGGUCUGGGUUCAGUGAUCAAAGGAUGGGAUGAGGGAGUUAUGACCAUGCAAGUGGGUGAAGUUGCUCGUAUCCAGUUCAUAAUUCUUCAUCUAAGCUUUGUCCUGGCACCUGAUAUUAGAGUGUUCUUGCUUCAGUGCACGCCUGAUUAUGCUUACGGAGCCAGCGGGUUCCAAGCCUGGGGAAUUCAACCAAACUCAGUGCUGGCGUUCGAGAUUGAAGUCCUCAGUGCCCAGUAA